CCUUUCUGCCAGCUCUAACCAGAUUGGUAUUGCACAUUCUUAAGAUACCCCCAAGAAAAUAAUAAUAUUAAGAAAAAAAACAACCUUUUCUAUUAUCUCUGUCUCUCCUUCCAUUGAGACAGACACCCCUUUCGAUUGUUUGUUCUUCUGCCUGUUUUCUGUCCACUGUAAGACUCUGUUAGAUUAUCACUCACUCACUUUCUCUUUAUCUGCAUUGUUUGUGGCUGUUGACGUACAAGGUUUUUCUGUGGUUUCCUUUCUGAAACUCAUCAAGGUUUUCUUCCAAGCCCGGAUGCCAAGGGAUUAAGCUUUCUGGGAAAUUCCUUUUCAUCUUGCAUUUUCGUUUUUGCAAGCCAGGAGGUCGUGGGAGAAUUUUGACAACCAAAAUAUGAAUUGUAUGGUUCAGUGAGAUAAAGUUUUCACCUUUCGUGUUGUGAGGAUCCAAAUCUGUAGAAUUUGGGGAAAUUCGCUGGAUUGUAUUUUCUGUAUUUUUAUUGGAAAUUGUUUGCCUGCAACUGGGAAAGCAUCUAUCUUUCUGAAUGCUUCCCUCCAUUUAGGACUACAGAACUGUGGAAACUGUUUCAUUCUUUUUGUAAGUUAGGACUGCAUAUAAUUGAGGAAAAGAGAGGAGGUUCAUUUAAUUUAUCUUUUGAGCACAGUGGAUUUUAGUUCAGGAUAGUGAUGGUCCCUGUGGGCUUGUGAACUUCUGGAUUCUGUAUUCUUCUAUUUUGCACUAGAAUAAUAUUCCUUUUCGGAAAUGGGUUUGAGCUUAGCAGUGUUGUGUAAGUAGAUUUAAGAGUAAUAAAUCAUACAGCUUUAUGAAGAGGGUGUAACUGAUUGUGGUAGUUGAGGGGUCUAGUUCAAGUGAAAAGAUAUGGCAGCAAAACUCCUGCAAUCUUUAGCAGAUGAAAACCCAGAUCUGCAGAAGCAGAUAGGAUGCAUGACUGGGAUUUUUCAGCUUUUUGAUCGUCACCAUGCUCUCACGGCUCGCCGCAUUGCCCAGAAGAGGCUUCCUUCUGGAUACUAGCUUAAACAAGGGUGUGAAUGAAAGGCAGAGAAUUUCAACCGAAUCAUCAAGAGCAUCAUUCUCUUCUUGUUCAUCAUCAGUGUCCUCUUUGGACUGCAAGGCUGAAGCAGAGGCUCCAUUUGACCGGAUUCUUUUUCCUGAAACUCCUUCAAGGGAUGCAGCCAUGAACCAAUCAAUCGUCUCUUCCCAUUUUGGAUGUAACUCCCUUGACCUUAGGGACGUGGUGAAAGAUUCUAUGUAUAGGGAAGCCCGAGGGCUGUCAGUGAAGACUACAGACAAAGAAGAAUCUGCCAUUAACGCCAUGAAGCACAGGGAUUCACCACGUCCUAUGCAGUUGCCCAAAUCUGUUGAUGGAUCUUAUAGAGGUGGAAUAGAUGGAAAACAAAGUGUGCCUAUUGAUUUAAAGGAGUCAAUCCGAGUCCUUGCUAAACUUAGAGAAGCACCUUGGUAUUAUGCAGAAACUAAAGAACUUCCAAGAUCAUCACAUGAUGUAAAAGAUGGACCCUGGCAUUCGAACUCAAAGGAUGCUUCUUGGUUUGGUUAUGAAGGAAAGGAAAUAAGUCGUUUGUCUUUUGAAUCACGAGAGACCAUCAAAUCCACACCAAAACUAAAAGAGUUUCCUAGACUUUCACUGGAUAGUAAGGAAGGUUCAUUACGCCCUUAUAGUUCUGAUUCAGCUACUCGCCCAUCAAGAAACAUUUACACUGGCACACCCACAUCAAAUGACAAAUUCUCUACCCUACAACAGCCUUCAACAAUCCCCAGUCGUCCACCUGGUGUCGUGGCAAAAUUAAUGGGCUUGGAAGCAUUACCAGAUUCCUCUUUGGCUGGUGACACUCAACCAAGUUCAACUGAAACUUACUCAGCACAAGAUAAUAGUCAGUUUCCAAGAUCAUCAAAACAAGGACUCACCAGGCCACUCCGAGUUUCUCAUUCUCCAAAAGUUUCUUUGAAAGACCCAACUUCCCCGCGACGAAAAAAUCCUGAUCUAGUUAUGAAACCCAUCUCAAGUUCAAGGUUUCCCAUUGAACCAGCUCCAUGGAAGCAGCAAGAUGGAAAUCGAAGCUCCCAGAAACUGAAUUUAAGGGGUGUAAAAGCUCCAGUGAGAGCACCAGAUACCUUUCCUUCAGUUUAUAGCGAGAUAGAGAAGAGAUUGAAGGAUCUUGAAUUCAAACAAUCUGGAAGGGAUCUCAGAGCAUUAAAACAGAUACUUGAAGCAAUGCAAGAAAAGGGACUAUUAGAGAGCAGAAAAGAAGAACAAGCUCCAAAUGUUAUUGGAAGUCAAAAUGACUAUGAACAAAGAGCUACCAGCCAAGAUCAGAAUACCAGGUCAUUAAGGCAACAAAACUCUCAGAGAAACAAUUUUCUAUCAUCCACAAUCAAGGGAACUGAAUCAGCAAGGGCUUUUGAAUCCCCAAUAGUGAUAAUGAAGCCAGCAAAGCUUGUUGAGAAAACUUCAAUUCCUGCUUCUUCAGUCAUUUCGAUUGGUGGUCUUUCUGUUUCCCAGAAACACCAGAAUGCUGGUGUAUAUUUAGAUAAUAGAACCAGUACAUCUGCUACUCGAGUAGCAAAAGAUCAGUCUUCCAAGAACAUUCAUCGGGAUGCUUCUGCCAGUUCCAUUGAUAAGAAAGCAAAUGGUAGUAAGACUACUAGAUCUGCACAAUCUCAAUCUAGGUCUCAGCAACAUCUAAAAGAAAAUAGCCAAAGUUCUGUGAAGCACUCAGGAACCGUGAGCCCUAGAUUGCAACAGAAGAAGUUGGAGUUAGAGAAGCGAUCUCGUCCACCUGCUCCACCAUCAGAUUCAACCAAACUCAGAAGGCAAUCUGGUAAGAAGGCAACAGAGUCAGGUUCACCAGGUGGGAAACAAAGACCCAAAACCCUCAACUCGCGGCAUAAUGAUGAGCAACUGAGUGAGAUAAGCAACGAAUCAAGAAGUUUAAGUUGCCUGGGGGAUGAAAUUUCUUUGCAAUCAGACAGUUUAACUGUCAACUCAAAGAUGGAAGUGGAAGUCACAAGUAGUUUAAAGUCUGUUGAAAUUGAUGACAGCCAAAGUCCAUCUUUGAAGGCUGUGAAGCAAUUGAUUUCAGAGACAGCGCAAAAAAAAUCAACUCCAAGAUUGGAUGAGGAUGAGUCAGUUGCAGAACUUGGAGGAGAUGCUCCAGAACAUCCAAGUCCUAUCUCAGUUCUCGAUGGAUCGGUGUACAGAGAUGAUGUGCCAUCCCCAGUAAAGCAGAUAUCUGAAGAUUCAAAAGGUGAUGAUGCUCAAGAAUCCAAAGAAAAUGAGAUUAAAGAUCAAUGGAACCCAGCAGAAAGCCUUUCAUUUCACAGCAUGGGAUCAGGAGAGAUCAAUCGAAAAAAAUUACAAAACAUAGACCACCUUGUUCAGAAGCUUCGACGGCUGAACUCCAGUCACGAUGAAGCUAGAAUUGACUAUAUUGCUUCCCUAUGUGAAAACUCAAAUCCAGAUCACAGAUACAUCUCUGAAAUAUUAUUAGCUUCAGGCCUCUUACUCAGAGAUUUGAGUUCCGAGUUGCUGACAUUUCAACUUCACUCUUCGGGUAAUCCCAUUAACCCUGAGUUAUUCCUUGUCUUGGAACAGACCAAGGCAAGUAGUUUGCUUUCAAAAGAAGAAAGCACCCCCGAAAAAGAUUCUAACAUGAAGCUGAACAAAGAGAAAUUUCACAGGAAAUUCAUCUUUGAUUCUGUGAAUGAGAUUCUUGGUGCCAAAUUAGGCUCAUCCCCAGAGCCAUGGUUUCUGCCUAACAGUAACAGACUCACAAAGAAAACCUUGAGUGCUCAAAAGCUCCUCAAAGAACUAUGCUUUGAGAUCGAGAAAAUUCAAGCCAAGAAGCCAGAAUGCUGCUUAGAAGAUGAAGAUGAUGAUCUGAAAAGUAUGCUGUGUCAAGAUGUUAUGCUUGGCUCAGAAAGUUGGACAGAUUUUCAUGGUUAUUUACCUGGGAUUGUGUUGGAUGUUGAGAGACUUAUAUUCAAAGACUUGGUUGAUGAAGUUGUGAUUGGUGAAUCAUCUGGUUUGCGAGUCAAGCCAUCAGUUAGGCGCAGGAAGCUAUUUGGAAAGUAGUUUGUUCAGUUAUUCCCUUUCUCACUGAUGUUAGAUUUCUAUAAUUUUCUUGUCAUUUGCUUAUAAAAAAUUUCUUGGUUCAAGGCA